CGACCGAGGGCUGCUACCAAAAAAACUCCUCCUCGACGAGCAAAGCGUUUUGCUGAAUCUGAACCCGGGAACGCGAGCUUAGGCGAUCGAGGAGAAGGUCAUUGGCGAUAAUCUGCCGUUUGGAUAUACUUUUACCGUGAGAAAAGGUCUGGGAAAGGAACUCAGACAGUGCUUGGACAAGACAGUAUUUCGAGUGAGCACCAGGAAUCAGCAUCAUCUCGUCCACCGACAAUUCGACACAACCAUCAAAAGGAAAGCAGAGGAAUCAACGGGAGUCUCCUAAUUGAAUCCGAUCGACCGAGAUUCCAAUCACCAUUGCCAUCAUAUCUCCUCCGUCCCGCGCCCUAUCCACCAAAAAAUGCGUCUCAAUAAUGCCACCCGGACGCGUCUAACGACAUCGCUUUUCUCCACCACUUUCUGCAUCGCAGUCCUUACCGUCGCGGCACCGCAUUUUCUCCCUUGCCCUGCUACUCGGAACCCCGUCGGCACCGACUCGGGCGAUGUCAGAGUCCAAGACCGACGGGUCGUGCUGAGACAGAGAAGGCAAAGUGGGCGAGAGCAGGCAAAUGUUGCUGAAGAGUAGACUGCUACUCGGCAAUUCUCUGCAAAGUUGUUUGCGCUGGCGUUAUCCGUUGAUAAGCUACAAGUAUAACAGUUUGCUUGGUUUUACUUGUUUUGGGAAGCAUUUCUUAUUGCAAUCAAUCUAUUUAUGAAUAUUUGGGGGCGUUUCUGGGAUCACCUGUAUGCAUUUUUGCUCAUUUGUUUUUCAUUUUCAUAUAUGAUUGUUUUUGGCUCUUUCGAGCAUCUUGUCAAUCACUUGGUUCUUUAUUGUUGCGAGUAUAAGGACACAUCAGAUCAUUUAGAGUCGGGCACGUUUUAGAACUGUAUAUAUCAGUGGAUGUAACCUGUACAAGUUAUAUCUCAAAUCGAAUUCUCUGGAUUAUCACUUUUCUAUUAUACAAAUCUAUU